AUGCUUCCUUUCGUUGUUGGUUGCUUACGCAAAAGAUAUGUGAAACCACAAAGAGAAAAUAUAUGCUUCAUCUAUUCGGAAGAAUAUGAGAAUGAUUUCAAUCGAUGUCACUGCGUGAAACAUUUACAACAUCAAUCAAUCAAUCGCUUGUUAAAUGGUGAUUCCAUAAAAACAACAACACGACGACACGUCACAACAUUGCGAAAGAAAAAUGAAGCGAAAAAAUAUUUUGAACUAAGUCAGGCGUUUACAGGGUUGUUAGUUUAUAAUGUCAAUCAUGGUAAUCUAGUUGCAUAA